AUGUCGCAAAACCAGCCUACAACUCGUCAGCGCAAUGACGAAGCGGAACUCGACCUUCUGGACUUCAUCUACGCCCAGCCGAACCGGGACGAGAUCCAGGGAAACCCCCAGAAGGUAUUGGAUCUGAUUGACGAAUUUGCGAAAUCGCGCCAUCUCAUCCAUGUGGGGCCCGAGAAGGGGAAGGUCGUAGCAGACCUUAUUGCGGUGCACAAGCCCCAGAUUAUGAUCGAACUCGGAGGUUACGUGGGCUACUCGGCCAUCCUGUUCGGCGAUGCCGUGCGUCGGGCCGGUGGCAAAAAGUACUACAGUUUGGAGGUCAACCCCGAAUAUGCCGCCAUCUCGACCCUGCUGCUUGAUCUGGCGGGUCUCCGGGAUUUCGUCCAGAUCCUGGUGGGUCGUAGCGACCAGUCCCUGGAUAAGUUGUACACCAGCGGCGAAGUGCCACAGGUGGAGAUCAUGUUCAUUGAUCACUACAAGCCCGCAUAUACCACGGAUCUGAAACUAUGCGAGCAGCUUGGCAUGAUCGUUCCUGAUGUGUCGGUUCUGGUGGCUGAUAACGUGCUCUAUCCGGGCAAUCCACCGUACCUGGAGUAUGUCCGGGGCACGGUGGAGCAGAAGCGAAAGGCGGCCGAGAAGGGACCAAUCCAGAUGUAUAACACGGAGGGUAUACCUGCUUCGAAUGUGCGGGCCUUUCUUGGCUCGGACUCGACGCCCCUGUUUGACAUCCUCGGGGAUCCGAAUUUGGUGUAUGAGAGCACGCUGAGUCAGCCGGAGGGACAUCGGGAUGCCCUUGAGAUUACUCGGUGUGUAGGUGUAGAGAAAGCGUGA